UCAAAACUGUUAAUAAACGCCUCUGGUUUUUACAAGGAAGAUAUAACCGAAACGAUAAACGACUUUAAACAGUUUAAAAGUGUUUUAUUCUUAAGAUGCAAUAUACAUAGGUCUGGCUUACCAGCUACACUUGACUAUAGGAACAGUGGUUGAGAGCAAAUGAAAAUGGAUGCCAUAAAAUCCAUAUUUAGAGCUGCCUUUGUGCUUCCUUUAACUGCAGGAAACGUUGUAGCAGGGAGAUCAAAUGGAAAGCUCAUGCAUGACGGAAGGAUUUCCGGUUUGACCAUUUUAUCAAGUUCUGUUAUAAUUGUAGCAGAGAUUAUGCUCACAGCCGUCGGUAUUCAACAAAAUAACGAAAGGGCUUUAGAUGUAGCACGCCCAUUUCUUAUCGUUUUAAAUUUCUGUGGCAUUGUGUCAUGCCUUGCAGUAGGAUGUAGAGAGAAACAAAGAAGUCGACAAAAUAUCAACAGCAGUGUAGCAAAUGCUACAAAAUCUCUUCGACUGAAGUUUUUAUGUUUAUUUUGCUUCGGGUGUGUCAUUUAUCGAAUUAUAAAAUUAGCGGUACAUGUCAAAUGUAAAGUAUAUUUACGUCCAAAUGAUAGUGUCGGACAGGCAGUUUUAUUUGAUUUCGCAUCAGUGAUGUUUCAUACGGUACAAUUAUUUUUUAUAUAUCUUUUUUCAAAGCAAGAGUUCAGGCGUUCACUAUUCACAUUUUAUGGGCUUAUCAUGCUUGUAGUAGCUAACUUCUCCAAUUGGAUUUAUCAUUCUGCGCAUGGUUACGACUUUUUAUCUAACAACUCUAGCUCUCAUAGCCAUUCCAAUAUUUCUCGGUGCCAUCAUAGAAAGUCAGAGACAUCACUUGAAGAUUACCCUGAUUUAGCAAAUCCGUUCUUAGAUCCAAUGCGUUUAGAAUACUCUCUCUUAUCGUUAAUUUUCAUUUCUGAAAUGUGGCCACAAAUGCGAUCACAUGUAUUCAGAAAUCUUGACGACGAUGAUAAUGACGAGCUGUAUGUCAAUACUGAGUUAACACCUUUAUUACAAAGUGGAGAUCAACAACAGGUCACGACAAUGUCAAGGACUUUAGUUUCCAGUGCCAGGACAAAGUACAGUACAAUAGCUUUAGGAGCAUUGUUUAUAUCUCCUCGAUUGGUAUUAGAAUUUAUGGAAACAGUUGCUCUUAUCAAGUUGGAUUUUGUGCUUUUGUCAAUUUUGGUGAACAUUGCAGAACACGCACUAUUAAUCAUUGUUGUAGUCCGAUGUUUUCAUAUUAUGUCAAAUCAGUGUAAGCCCAGAAGUUCGGAUGAUUCCUGUUCUGUAGGAGAUAUUAUGUUGAUAUUAAGUUUUCUUGCAACCGUUGGGUAUUACGCGAUGCAUUUGAUGGCUCAUAUUUUCGCAUUGGUUACGAGUUAUCGAAUUAUUUUGACUAUCAAAGGUUUAAUACGCAUAGUGGCAUACUACUUUCAAACUGUAUACAUUUUGCAAAUGAAAAAAUAUAGAAUAAUAUCUGUCAAUGGAAAAACAUCUAUUCGUUUUAUGUGCCUGUUUUUAAGUCUUGUGCAUCUAGGUUUCUGGUUUUCAGAUACAUUUUUCGUUGCACAGUUCCUAUACAAAAACAGUCUUUACAAUACAGUUUUGUAUGCGAAUAUUCAAAAAGUACGACAAUUCUGGUUUCCUUUUGUAAUAUUUUUCAAAUUUGAAUGUUUUAUUUCAUUGUAUGGUCUUUAUAAAUCUGGGUAAAUGUUAAUAGUGACUAAAGGAAUCUCGUCACACGAAAUGUUUUAUCUUUAUUUCCAUUUUUCAACUUAAAUGAUUGGAAGCGAUUCUACAGACAGUUCAUUAUCGUGCAAACAGUAUGGACAUUCCAUGUGAAAAGGCAAAAGAUAUAACACGUUACAUUUUUGUGUUCGUUCAUUGCAAUAGAUAUGAAUUAUUAGGUUGCAUUUCUGUAAAUGUAGACAGUGCAAUUCCUAAAACGAACUCCAUUUGAGACUCAAACUGUGUCAUGCACUUCUACUAAGAAGUUUCGUAAACAAUUAUAUUCUAGAAUGGAAGGUUAAUAUGCACUUCUUUAUUAUUCAAAGGUGAAAACAUAUGGCUGUGUGGCAUACUUCUAACAACUAUAUGCCCCGAACUUUUAAGAUUUAAAACUUAUAAUAAAAUUCUGUACUACUCCUCCCUACACUUUAUGUCCUACUCAUAAUUUAAUUCCACCGCCUUUCACGUACAUUUAUACUGAUAACAUUCCCCAAGUUAUGUCUCUUUGAGAUGAAACGUAGAGAUCAUAUCUGGGAACCAGUACGUAAAAAGAUACAAAAUUCCUUUGAAUAUUAUAUAUCUCCCCAAAAGAGGCAUGGUUUAUGAAACAGCUGUAUUUACAAAUUGCAACCUAUCAAUAUUAUAACAUGUAUUAAAUGUCAUGUAUUUGUCAACUGAAUUACUAAGAAUUUUGUCGUUUUAUUCUUGCGAUAUUAUAUCACUGUUGAAUACUUCCCGUUCAAUUGUUAUACAAUUGUCAAAAGAAAAAUGAAACACAAUAUUGCAAUUAAAUAAACGCAUCAUAGAUACCAGGAUUGAAAUUUAUAUUUGAUGUUUGUGCCAGACACGCGUUUUGUCUACAAAAGACUCAUCAGUGACGCAGGAAUAAAUGCUUAUUAAAAAAGAAAAAAAAAACGAUGUUGUAGAGCAUUGAGGACCAAAAAUUUUUAAACAUUUUUGCCAAAAACAGCUAAGGUAAUGUAUUUCUGAGGUAGAAAAACCCAAAUUUCGGUCCUAUGUCUAUGAUGAGUUUAUUUACUAACUGUUUAGAAUCAACUGUACCGCACAUUUGGCCUAUCAAGGCGGAAAUUGUUAUGCUUGAUAUAUAAAUUGAAACCAUAACGCUUUUUGUUAUUCUAUGUAAAAGGAAGCUUAUUUUUUAAAUGAUGUUUCUAUAUAAGGAAACAGUUAUCUGAAACAUCCUUUGUUUAUGUUUUUAAAUAAAUGCACUUAUUGUGAACUCAUAAUCAUCCUGAAAAUGAGAUCUUAUCAAAAAUUAUCUAUUCCUGAUUUUAUUCACGAAUCUUGGUAUACUUUGUAAUUUUUUUACUUAU